CUGCAAUUCAUGUGGAUGCCAAGUAGAUAAGAAAUCACCAAAGCAAGUAAUUGCAGAAAUUAACAAUGGAGAAAUUGAAGUUCCAGAAAACUAA